AUGAGAACAUGCACUGAAGAAGAAUUUUUAGAAAACUUUAGGAUUAAAUUUCGCAUGGGUAAGAAGGGCAAAUAUUACAAUAACUGGGUGAUAGAAUCCAAUGGUCCAAGUGUAGAAUUACUGACUUUUGCCCAGUACUCCAAUGUUUUUGCUGCUGCCGAUUUGGACACUCUUCCACUUCAUGUAGCCAAGAGGUAUAUUAGACAACAGUUAGGAAUCGACAGAUCUAAUCGCAUCGAAUCACUAACGCAGCAGCUGAUCGAAGCAAAACAGAAGUUGGAAGCAUUAAGAGAAGAAAUCAAUGAUCUUCGUGCAAAGAAAAUUAACAUGACACACUUCCAAGAUCUAACAGUAAACUAUGGCAGCAUCGACGAUUUAAAAAUGAAUGUAUCAAUUUUACGCAGGUGGAGCCACCGUAGUUUCAAGAUGGCGACGCCCGUUGGUAACAUGAUUCGUGUGAUGUUUCGCCAAAAUUUUCGUCCGAUUGCACUUGAAAUGAAAAAUUUUCAUUAUUGUAACAUAAUAAGGAAAGAAGUGUCUUCGGUUCUGGUUUCCAAUUCCGAAAUGAGUGAUGCCCAAACGGUAAAAAUUCAGAAAAUUAGUAAAGCCAUGAAAGCAUAUCUUGAAAGAGCUAAAAGACAUGAGGAAUUUAUCGAAAAAGAAACAAGGGAGUAUGAAAUCGGUAAACGUCAUCUUGCUAAUAUGAUGGGCGUAGAUCCAGACAUGUUUACGCAAGAAGAUAUUGACAAAGCAAUUGAAUAUUUGAUGCCAUCAGGCUUGUUUGAAAAAGAAUCCAGACCCAUCAUGAAGCAUCCCAGUCAAAUAUUUCCUAAACAAAAAG